AUGGCGACCACUCGACCUACCACCGCCGUCAGCUCCAGCAGCAGUGGAAAGUUGCGGAGCCAAAUUGGACAAACCAAAAGGAGAAUUUCGGAGCACUUGUUGGACAAAAAGCAGUAUACUGACACAUACGGUAAUUAUAAAGAUUCCCUCACUACUGCUCUCGAGCAACUUGAGAAACUCCGACCAAUUUACAAAUUUGGACUCAAACAAUUGGAACUUCUGGAUCCCACAAAAGCCUCACUGAUGCAAGCCGCAGACGACUUCAUCGGAGAUGCCACAUCAACUCAAACACCAAUCACUCAACCACCAACCAAUGGCGGGCAAAUGGAAAUGCCCAAAUCAACUUUCAACCUCAACCAAACCAAUCAAUCCACCAACGCCGAAUCCGACUUCAUCAUCAACGUGGGAUCAAACGCUGAUCCAAUCGUACCAAUUCCAUCAUCAGGACAUAACAUUGUGGUUAGUCACCAAUCUCGUCUUGCUGUCCCUCAAAUGAAAAUCCCCACCUUCUCGGGUGACAUCUCCAAAUUUCUCGAGUUUCGAGACUCUUUCACAUUUACCAUGCGCCUGAUUCAAGUUGACGACCUCUCGAAGCUACACUAUUUGAGAUCCUCCAUGGAAGGAGAACCAGAAGAGUUACUACGCAGUCUACCCAUCAUCAGUUCCAACUAUGAGAUCGCAAUGAAGGUUCUGGAAGAGCAAUAUGGAGGACAAGUUCGCAUCAAGCACAACUUGUUGAGCAAGCUGAGUGAUCUUCCUGAUCUUUCGCAGGACACCAAUUCCACAAACUUCAGAAGAUUCACAAUCCAGGCUAGUCUAUAUUUCGACCAGUUACUCAACUUGAAUUGUGACGUCGACAACUUCUCAACUGGUCACAUAAUCCAGAACAAACUUCCAACACGAAUCAAACGAAUCCUUUUUGGGAAAGGAGAAGCGAACAUGCCUACUUCCACCAAGGAUCUGAUCUCUCGAUUGAAAGAACUUUCCCGCGAUGAAAACCUUCUCACCGAGCUGUUCAAAAACAAAGGAAAUCAACAUCAAACAAGCACCACGAUGCUGAGUCAGCAGACCACCAACAAACAUAAACAACAAAAAGAUCAUCUGGGACAUCUUGGACAAGGAAAACAAAUCGAUUCAACCACCUUCAAAGUGACCACACCAUGUGCCUUUUGCGCAGAGGAGAAGUUCAUUCAUCCUCACAUUCAUUGCAAAAGAUACAGCACAGUGGAAUCACGAACGGAUCGAGCAAGAGAACUACACCUAUGUUUCCGAUGCCUGAGAUCUGGUCAUUCUUCACAAACCUGCCAACGACAAUGCCACCAUUGCCAGGGCAAUCAUCAUCAAUCUCUGUGCUAUCGUUUCCUAAAAAGACACGUCCAAUCCAAUGGAAAUCCGCCACCAUCAACAUCCAAUCCUUCAUCAUCACCAUCUUGGAACAAUGCAUCCCAUCAACAGUCAACGAACCGUCAACAGCAACAACAAAAUAUAGCUCCAAAAGCCAAACAAUAUAAUGGAAACAAUGGUCAACCACAACAAGGAAAUCAAAAGCACAACUUCCAGCAGAAACCGUAUUUUGGACAUCCACAACAACAACAACAACAACAACGGACCAAUUUGGCAAUGGCUACAGAACCUGGCGAAAACCAAACAAUGACAGUCAUAACCUACGUGGAUGACACAAUUGUAAAACCUAUCACCACUCUGGAAACCGUUACUUCAAUGGAACCCCUUCAACAAUCUGCAGAACUCAAGCAACAGUCCGUUAUCAUGAUGACCGCUGAACUACCCGUUUUGGACAAAGAUGGCAAUGAAGUGAAAGGAACAGUGUUUUUCGACAGCGGCUCUAACAUGAGCUACAUCUCCACAUCAUUCGCAGAAAAACUGAAAUUGGAUCCCUUGCUCAAUAAACAACUCCACAUCGAUACAUUUGCCUCAUCAGAAAGCCGCUCCAUCAACUCGAAUGUUUUCAACGUCUCCAUCAGGAAUCUGAAAUCGAGUAUUCCCGUCAAACUAUGCGAAGUCCCCUACAUUGCACGGAACAUUGUUUCGGUGGAUGUAGACAACUCCAUGAUCAAUCAACUCCUGAAUUAUGAACAUAUACCAUUGCAACGACAGCAGAAAGAAGUCGACAUCCUAAUUGGCCUGGACACCUACUUGGAACUUUUAGGUCAAGUCAAUACUGUUCGACUUUUCAAUGGACUCCAUUUGAAUAUGACGGAUUGUGGCCCCAUAAUAUCAGGACGAGAAACCAUCAAUGCACUCACUCUCUUGUGUAAACAAGACAUCCCUACUGACGCCAUCUGCCAGGAAUUACACAACUUUUGGAAAUUGGAAAGUAUUGGAAUAACGGAUCAACCGAACUUGAAAAUCGAUGAAGAAGUAAACGAAUUCUACACCUCCACCACUACCAGAGAUACUGAUGGCCGUUUCAUCCUUCGCCUACCUUACAUCGACAAAUCUAAUACUCAACUUCCCUCGAACCGUGCUCUUGCUUUCGGACGACUCCAAGGAAUCCUCAGGAAACUUCGAUCAGAUCCCGAACUACUCCAGAAAUAUGACAAUAUUUUUGCUGAACAAUUGAAGUUUGGAUUCAUCGAACUUGUGGAUGAAAACACAGCAGAUGGACCAAUCGUGCAAUACUUGGGACAUCAUCCAGUCUUCAAACAGGACUCCAAAUCAACAAAAAUAAGAAUAGUUUUUGAUGGAUCUGCCAAAAGCUCCAAAUCUGCUCAUUCUCUGAACGAUGUUCUUCACACUGGACAACGACUUCUACCGGACACUGCCGCAUUGUUCCUUCGAAUUCGUCAAUUCAUCAUCUUGCUGUCUGCAGAUAUUGAAAAAGCCUUUCUUCAACUGUCAUUACAUCUAGAAGACCGCGAUGCCACUCGUUUCCUUUGGAUCAAUCCCGCCACCAACAAAGUCAUAUGCUACCGUUAUCGUCGAGUCCCGUUUGGACUGAAAUCGUCACCUUUUCUGCUGAACAAAUCAGUGAAAACUCGUUUGGAAUCCUCCAACAAUCCAAUGGCUCAAAAAAUGAUCAACUCUUUCUACGUGGACAAUGCUUUCAUCGGUGUCAACACAUUCGAAGAAGCCAAGGAAGUUUGCGAAUUUGCCAGAACACUCUUCAAAACUGCUCAGAUGAAUUUGUGUCAAUGGUUCUCCAACAAUGCACAAUUCAACAAGUACAUUGCCGACUCUCAAAACACUCCCCCGGAAGCCCGUCUACAGAAAGUUCUCGCUCCGACUGGACUCUUGACAAAAAGAGCUGUUCUUCGAUUUAUUGCCAGUUGCUACGAUCCGAUUGGAAUCCUCACACCAGUCACCUUGUACGGAAAACUCUUCUUCCAAAAACUUGCCCACAAGGAAAUGCAAUGGGAUGACUCACUGACACCAGAUCAACACAAAGCUGUCCAGAAGAUCUUGCAACAAUUUGAAGCUCCUCCAUGGCAUGUCCCACGACGAUUCUUCCAAGGACUUCUACAAUUUCCAACAACUGUCGAAUUACACGUGUUUACGGAUGCAUCCACCAUUGCUUAUGGUACAGUAGCAUACCUUCGAGGACUGGACAACCAACAAGUGGACACUCAAUUUCUCAUGUCGAAAUCUCGCGUCGUUCCCCUGAAGACAAACUACACAAUUCCGGCUUUGGAGAUGCUAGCCAUUCUCACAGGAGUCCGCCUAGCAAAUUACUGUCUAUCCAAUCUUCAAUUGACAUUUGGAGCAUACAUUUGGAGCGACAGCUUAUGUUCAGUGGAUAGCCUCUCUUCGUCUCAUGUCGCUAACAGCAGAUUUGCUCGAAAUCGAAUGAAAGCAAUCCAAGAAGAAGGUGCCGCAUUCAUCUACACUCACGUCAAAGGAAAGAUCAAUCCAGCAGAUUACCUCACUCGUGGACUUUCAUUCACCGAAGUGGAACAAUCCGAACUUUGGCUAAAAGGACCAUCCUUUCUUCGCUCAACAGCUCCAUUACCAAUCCGAUGCAACUCAACCAGCAUUAUGGAAAUUCCCACAACUUCCCUCGUCAUCCAUGAAGAUCCAAUCAUCGACACCCAUCGCUUCAGUUCAUUUCACCGUCUGCUCAGAACAAUGAUGGUCAUAUUUUUGUUCGUCGGCCGAGGAAAAAUGCCACUUCAACAAAGAGUCUACCGAUCGCUUCAAUUCCUGCUCCACCUAGCCCAAUCUAUCAACCCUCCUCAGGAUGAUACCAUCAAAGCACUCCGAUUGAGACGGAGCGACAAGAAUAAUUUGUGGAUCUUCACUGGACGAGCUGAACUUCGACCACUUGUCUACUUACCUCAUGGACAUAUCGCUCAACUCUUGGUUAUGGACAUUCACAUCCGACAUUUUCACUCCAGCCCACUCUACACACUAUCUCAGCUAAGAGAACAAUUUUGGAUCCCCCGAGGACGUUCCUUCGUUCAAAAAACCAUCAAAAACUGCACACCCUGCCGAAAAAUGGAACCUCGUCCCUACCAUCAACCUGCGUUCGCGGAAUUUCCAAGAAGCCGACUUGAACCAUCAAAACCGUUCACCACUACUGGAGUUGACUAUGGAGGACCUUUACAAGUGAGUAUCAAUGGCGUGACUCAAAAAAUCUGGAUUGUGCUGUUUACUUGCCUGUACUCCCGUUUCACUGCCACCGAAAUUGUACUGGACAUGAAGAGCACCUCUUUCUUAACUGCACUCCGACGAUUUGUAUCCAUCCACGACAAGCCAACAACGAUUAUUUGCGACAAUGCAUCUCAAUUCACCAUAGUAAGCUCCAUUCGAAACAUUCUACAAAAUGAACUGCAACAGUCACCUUCCAUCUGCUCCACAUCUUUACCCGAAUUUCACUUCAUCCCUGCCCACUCGCCCUGGGCAGGCGGUGUUUAUGAGAGAAUGAUGUCAUUGAUCAAGAAAACUCUUGUGCGUGCAGGAACCACAAAACGACUACUCAGUUUGGAGGACUUCAGAACCACAUUGGCAGAAUGUACGACCAUCAUCAACUAUCGACCGCUUUCAUACGUCUCUUCCGAUGAUGAUAUUUCACCUAUCCGACCGGUUGAUUAUGUGUUCCCACACAGACACCGAUCCCAUCCUCCCAUCCUAUCUCUCGACUCUCACCUGGAUAUCGAUCUGGAAACGUUGUCGACCAACACUAUUCUCCCCACUCAAGAAGGAGAAAUAAAGAUUGAGAACGAAAACAACUCCGUCAUUACUCGUGUCGAUUCAAGUGGUAUCGUCUCGGUGCAACUUCAACUCAAAAACUACAUUGUGGAAAGGAUCGUUCAAGAAGAUCAAUGCAAUAUAUCCCAGAUAUCUAUGGCUGGUUGUUAUUCAUGUAGCCAAGGAUCAAUCGUCAAAAUGACCUGCUCUUCAAUUCAAUCAGAAGUAGAAGGUAGGAUUCUUUGUCCUUCAAUAACAUCAUCGGUCAACUGCACAAAACAAGGAGAAAGGAAUCUAUUGGUUCUUCAUGUCAAUCAUCAAACUGUCAAUGAAAAUUGUUCAAUCACAUGCGGACAUACCACAACUUCAUUUCUGCUAAUUGGACAAUUGUUUGCCGUCGAAACCUUCAAAGACCGAAAUUCAUCUCAUUUGCACCCUAUCAUGAAUUCAUCUCCAAGAAAGAGGGAGAAGAAGAAGAUAUUAUCGACGAUUGGUUCGAAGAUUCUGAUGCUUCAUGUUGCUCAACUUCAACUGCUCAACUGCGACUUCUUUCAAUUGCUCAACAGCGAUUCAAUGGUUCAAUAUUUGCUUCAAUGGUUUCAAUGGAUCAAGAUUCGCUGCAUGGUUUCAAUUGCCUCAAUGCUUAAUGGCUUAGUCUCGAUGGGAAAUGCUUCAAGGACAAUCAACUACAAUCUACACUGCUUCACACACUUCACCUGCUUUAUCGGGAAUGUCGAUUGUGUCAAUCGAGAAUCGAAGGAGAAAAGAUUUGUCAUCCAACAACUCAUGUUUAUGGAUGACAAAUCCUGA